UACUUCUCCGCCCCCAAAGCUUUGCCGCUUGUUUAUAAAGCAGAUCCCUGGGUGUGUGCAGACAGAGGAAGAGAGCCAGCCUUCUGGGAUUGAAAGGGAGCAAGAACUGGAUCGGGAAUGGCAAAAUGCGGAGAAUGCGGACCCGGCUACGAAACGCCGCUGGAGGCCAUGAAAGGUCCCCGGGAGGAGAUUGUCUACCUUCCUUGUAUCUAUAGGAACACCGGGAUCAAGAAGCCGGACUACCUGGCCACCGUGGACGUGGACCCCAAAUCCUCCACUUAUUGCAAAGUGAUCCAUCGCCUCCCGAUGCCCAACGUCAACGAUGAGCUGCACCACACCGGGUGGAACGCCUGCAGCAGCUGCUUCGGAGACACCACCAAGAAGCGCAACCGCCUCAUCCUCCCCAGUUUGAUCUCCUCCCGGAUUUACGUGGUCGACACCGGCACCAAUCUGCGGGCCCCGAGGCUCCAUAAGGUUGUCGAGCCCAUUGAUGUCUACUGGAAGUGUAACUUGGCCAACCCUCACACCUCCCAUUGCUUGGGCAACGGCGAAAUUAUGAUCAGCACCAUGGGGGACCCUUCCGGCAACGGCAAAGGUGGCUUUGUCCUGCUGGAUGGAGAAACCUUCGAAGUGAAAGGAAACUGGGAAAAGGGGCCCAAAGUCCCGCCGCUGGGCUACGACUUCUGGUACCAGCCGCGGCACAACGUCCUGAUGAGCACCGAAUGGGGCGUCCCCAAGUGCCUCGCGUACGGAUUUAAUCCGGCUGAUUUGGAAAAAGGCUGCUACGGGAAGAGCGUUCACGUCUGGGACUGGACCACCCAUGAACUCGUCCAGAGUAUCGAUGUGGGGGAGAACUCCAUCCCCUUGGAAAUCCGGUUUCUCCACGAUCCGGACGCCGCGGAAGGGUUUGUCGGCUGCGCCCUCAGCAGUGCCGUCCACCGCAUCUACAAGACCAAGAACGGGACUUGGGCGGCGGAGAAAGUGAUCCAGGUACCCAUCAAGAAGGUGGAAGGAUGGAUGCUGCCGGAGAUGCCAGGACUCAUCACAGACAUUUUGGUCUCCCUGGACGAUCGGUACCUGUUCUUUAGCAACUGGCUCCAUGGCGACAUCCGCCAAUAUGACAUUACGGACACCCGGAAGCCUAAACUGGUGGGACAGGUGUUUCUAGGAGGCAGCAUCGUCAAAGGUGGCCCUGUCACCGUGACUGAAGAUCAAGAACUGGACUGCCAGCCGGAUCCAUUCAUCAUCAAGGGGAAACGGGUUCAAGGAGGCCCUCAAAUGAUCCAACUGAGCCUGGACGGCAAAAGGCUGUAUGUCAGCACUUCUCUCUACAGCGGAUGGGACAAACAGUUCUACCCCGAUAUGGUCAAGGAAGGCUCUGUUAUGCUGCAGAUCGACGUGGACACCAAGUGCGGGGGCUUGAAGGCAAACAAAAAGUUCCUCGUGGAUUUUGGGAAAGAGCCGGAGGGCCCCGCUUUGGCCCACGAGAUCCGCUACCCGGGAGGAGACACCACCUCCGACAUCUGGAUCUGAAGCCACAGAGACGGAGCACCAAAUAUAGGGAUCUUUCCAAACUCCAGGGGUGAAAAAUGGAUGCUCAAGGGGCCUCUAACCGAAUCGGUUCUAAAAAUUCUCACGCUCUUUCCCUCAAAUGUAUUUCUCCAGGCAGGGAACAAACGGAUAUCUUAACAUUAAAAAAACACAAAUAAAAACUCUCCUUUCUGCAGCUAGAAAGCCAGCAUUUCAGCAGACAGUUUCUUCUUGCACUGCUACUUAUCUAGAUGCUGAGAAGACUCUGGAAGAACCAGAUUUGAAUCAUAACUCAGCUGCAGGAACCUUAGGCAAGUUGCAUUCUCUCAUAGACCCAAGGAGCCUCCGGUGGCCUAGGGGAUAAAAGCCUUUUGACUUGAAGGUUGGGUUGCUGACCUGAAGGCUGCCAGGUUCAAAUCCCACCCGGGGAGAGUGUGGAUGAGCUCCCUCUAUCAGCUCCAGCUCCAUGCGGGGACAUGAGAGAAGCCUCCCACAAGGAUGAUAAAACAUCAAAAAAAUCAGGGCGUUCCCUGGGCACCAUCCUUGCGGACGGCCAAUUCUCUCACUCCAGAAUCAACUCCAGUUGCUCCUAAUACGGAAAAAAAAAAUAGACCCAAGAAUCAGAUCUGUAGAAUUGGAGGGAACCAAAUGCUAUCCGAUCCAACCCGUUGCAGUAUGAAUGAAUGAAUUGUUCAAUGUACUAGCCAUAGGCCAUGAAAUCAGUAAUAUACAACCUUUAUGAACACCUUCCAAUUAAAACAUUAAAACUUAUUCAAAAAUUAAAACUAGCUCUUUAAAAUUAUGAUGGGUGAAACUUAACAAUGACAGUGUCGGAUUUUUAUCAUCACAAACCAUUUCCAUUUCUGACCUCAAGUAUGGAUUUUGCUACUUUAGCUCUGACCUUUUGGGAUGCAAUUGCAAAUGUAGCAACUUUAAAGUGUUAUAUUUUUGGAAUAAUCUGCUAGAAAGUCACAGAUCACAACACAUUGUUGCCAUGCUGUCCUUUCUUCCAAGUAAAUUGCAUAUUAUAAUCCAUUGAAAAUAUUCCACAAUUGAAGGGGAAAAUCUAAAAUUAGCAAUGCAGUCGAAUGGUAGGAAAAUCAGAAUAUUUUUUCUGAGUUGCUGUGAGUUUUCCAAGCUGUCUGGUCAUGUUCCAGAAGCAUUCUCUCCUGACAUUUUGCCCACAUCUAUGGCAGGCAUCCUCAGAGGUUGUGAAGUCUGUUGGAAACUAAGCAAAUGAGAAUGUAUUGUCGAAGGCUUUCAUGGUCGGAAUCAUUGGGUUGCGGUGAGUUUUUCGGGCUGUAUGGCCAUGUUCCAGAAGAAUUCUCUCCUGACGAUUCUCCCACAUCUGUGAGCAACCUCUAGGGAUGCCUGCCAUAGAUGUGGGAGAAACGUCAGGAGAGAAUGCUCCUGGAACAUGGCCACACAGCCCGGAAAACUCACCGCAACCCUAAGCAAGUGAGGUUUAUCUUUCUCAGAUUUCUUAGUUUCAAACAAACCUCACAACCUUUGAGGAUGCCUGCCAUAGAUGUGGGCAAAACGUCAGGAGAGAAUGCUUCUGGAACAUGGCCAGACAGUCCGGAAAACUCACAGCAACCCAGUAACUUACUCCGGCCAUGAAAGCUUUCGACAACAUCAUUUUUUUUCCUUUUUGUGUCAGUGACAUUCUCCAGCCACACGAGGUCGUGUUUGGAUUUUUUGGAAAACCAAUGUGCACACCAACCACAUUAAAAGAGAUAUAUGUAGGAAUUUAGCCAAUAAUAUAUAUAUUACAUCUGUAGCUGAACCCCCAAAAUACCUUAUGUAGGCUCCAACGGAAAGUAUUUUGAUGAAGACAAAGUUGGAUUUCUGUGAGUUUUCCAGGCUGUCUGGCCAUGCUCCAGAAGCAUUCUCUCCUGACGAUUCUCCCACAUCUACGACAGACAUCCUCAGAGGUUGUGAGGUCUGUUGGAAAUGAGGCAAGUAGGGUUUAGAUAUCUGUGGGGAGAAAGAACUCUUGUCUGUUGGAGGCAAGUGGGAAUGUUGCAAUUGGCCCUACAGCUUCAAAGCCUGGCUGCUUCCUGCCUGGGGAAAUCCUUUGUUGGGAGGUGAUUGUUUCCUGUCUGGAAUUCCCCUGUUUCUUGCUCUCAGAAACUCCAUAUAACUGAAUGUUUUCUGUCUCACAACCUGAAAAUUUGGAAUCUAGCAUGCUUUGCGCCACUAUUUUUUUUGCUUCCUCUUGAUUCAGAAAAUCACCACAAUGACAGUGAUGACAGAGGUAAUGUUUGCUGUCAGUUGUGUGAGCCGUGUUUAAAUAAAAAUAAUAAUGUUGGAGAAA